ACAUAAAUAAAGACAUGGGAAAUAAAACCUGUUAUGUGGCAACGAGCCAUUAUGUUUUAUAGUUCAAUUUCUUUGUGUUUAAAAAUGACUGCGUUCGGCAGCAUUAUGAAAAGUUUACUAUGUUAUAGUGGUGUGAUCUUUUGUCUUUCUCAUUUUGAAAACUGGGCAAGAAAAAUGAUCCAUGCAAUGAUUCAAUGGCUGCAUAUGUUUUAUAGAACUUGUUUUAGGAUUACCACGAGUGGUAUGGGCACCAGAGGUGGGUAGAGACGGACAAAAAUAAAUGUAUGUCCAAAUUCUAAACCUUUAGCUAAGUGCUUUACAAAGACAGCUCAAAUCAUUAAGAUUGAAUUAGCUGUUGAAUUCAAAGUACUUAUACUGCAUCUUUCUUACAGCCAAGUGUAAAACAAAAAUACUUUACAGGCAUAAAACCACAAGAGACACAUUAAAAUGACUACACUAAGGAAGAACAGCUAGUUAUAAAAUUGGUGAUAAACAGGAAGAAUUAGACAGAUGCCAGUUUACCAAUCAUAAAAAAAUUCAUCAUCCACAUAAUGUCUAACCAACUGUUUCUCCAUCUAUAGCUCCAUUUUGCUUCUUUCUUUCUGUCCAGUCUCGGUUUUCCGCAGUUUCUGUAUUUAUUGCACGACCAUCGUGGGUCGUCAUGAUAUGUUGUGAACUUUUCAACAAGUUAAGGAAGCAUCAUUUGGGAAAGAAAUUUGUAAUUUAAUCUCAAGUUGUGAAAAUAGUAUUUUGAGUAUGCUGUUAUCUUGAGACGCUGAGGACAACCUGAUAUAAAAAUAUUUCCAAAAACCCUGAAUCAUUAAGAUGAUUGGUCAGUAAACUGAGCAGGAAGUUGUUGAACCAGCCCUGCUCGUGCAAGGAGUCAGCUGAGCCAAUUAGCUUAAACAAUAAAAAAGAAGAAAACAUAUUACUCUUUACAUCUUGAGUAAUAUUUUUUAUACUGUCUGAAGACGGUUGCAGGAUAUAUAUAUAUUUUAGUCAGACUCUAAAUGUCAGGAAACGGGUUAGUACCGAGCAUCGGGAGGCGGCUAACGACGAGCACGCUGAGUCCUUUCGAGCAGCUCGGUCGGCGGAUGUAUGACAUCUUGGGCGAUGGAGGAAUCCUGAAGGAGGUGGUCCAGCCUGGAGAGGGCCCACCUGUGCCUCAAAACGCCUCAGUAAUAAUGUAUUACUCGGGCUUCUUGGAGUAUUCUAAUCAACCUUUUGAAAGCACCGCACACCUCAAGUACCCUCCAAUGAUGAAGCUGGGAAGGGAUGUGACUCUAGCCGGACUGGAGCUGGGGCUGUUGACCAUGAAGAAAGGGGAGUUCUCUCGGUUCCUGCUCCAACCGCAGUACGCGUAUGGAGAAAUGGGCUGUCCACCCUUCAUCCCGGCUGCAGCUGCAAUUCUGUAUGAGGUUCAAGUCCUGGACUACCUCGACUCGGGUCAAGUGGAUGAGUUUAUUUCAAUGAGCUCGGAGGAGCAGAGCAGCGUUCCUCUGUCCACACUUGUCAAAGUCAUCAACACACUCCGCAGCUUUGGCAACCGCUUCUUCAAUCAAAGCCGAUACGACCACGCCAAGGACCGCUACAAGCAGGCGAUAACUCUCCUGAGAAAUUGGGACUCGCAAAACCAGCUGGACAAGGAGAAGAUCCAGGUGGCUCUGCUUCCGCUCUACCUUAACCUUUCGCUCGCCGAGCUCCGACUGGAGAAUCCCAAAAAAGCCCUCAAAUAUGGCAAAAAGGCCCUGGAAAUCGACUCGGCCAACACAAAGGCCCUGUUCCGCUGCGGACAGGCUUACCACGAGCUGCAGGAGUUUGAGAGCGCUCAGGAUUACCUCAUAAUGGCUCAGUCGAAGAAGCCGUUUGACAGCGACAUUAACAACCUCCUGAGGAAAGUAGCGCUGUGUGAAGAUUCAACAGCUUGCUUCUUGUUCAUGUUCCUCUCUUCCAGCUGUAAAAGUAGUUUUUGCUCAUGUUACAAAGUGCUAUGUUUGCUAAUUUCUUAGUGAUUAGGAUUGCUGCUUUUUGGUUGCUGUUCUUUGUAAUAAAUUCUCGUGUUUUCUUUGUUUGACAAAGUCAGACGUUUGCUUGACCUUGAAUCACUCCUGUGGUUAAUUUAAAUUAAAAACAAUUGCACUUUUUCUGGC